GGGAUGGGAGGAAGGUGGUGGUGUGGAGGAGCUCACCAUCGCUCCUUUGCCAUGGACCGACCAUCACCUGAUCAGGUUUGGGCUCACUGCGCCCCCUCUUUCUAGACUAUAGUACACUCUGGAUGAUGCAAUCAGUAUGCAAUACAGACAAGACACAAAUUGCAUUUAUACACUACCAAUACACAAAUCCCACAUAAACAAUUUCCCCCUCUUUAAAUGUAUUUUUGUCUUCUUAAUUAUAUACAUCACCUAAGCACAUAUGAAUCAACUUAUUGUACAUUCAUUACAUGUAAUGGUUUUUCAUACUGAAUGUCUUAUAACACUUUUCUUUAAACUAGGCAAUCACAUACAAUCUUUGUGCAGUUGUCUCUUACACUCCAUAUACUUAGGGAACAUCUCAUGACUUUUAAACGAUUAAACACAAACCUCUACUUCAGACACAUUCUUUCAAGAUUUUGCUGCUACACUUGAUCAAUAACAAUCAACUAUUUUAUAUCCACCACUACCAACAUAGUCUUUUCCAACAGGUGACAUGUGAAACUUCUUUGGAUCAGACUUAUAAGGUACUAGCGCACAUCUUAUUAAGCAACAUAAAUUAAAAUACAACAAUAAAUACAGCAAUAAAUCAUAAAAACGAACUGGGCAAAAGUGGGCUAAAUGAGUUUUGUAAACAUGAGGUAGUUGAUAAAGUGCUGCAAAAUCGUGGGAGAUUUGGAGUGGGGUAGACCCACUGGUGGCACAGUGUGUUAAAGCGCUGAGCUGCUGAAUUGUGGACAAAAAGGUCCCAGGUUCAAAUCCCGGGAGUGGAAUGAGCACCCGCUGUUAGCCCCAGCUCCUGCCAACCUAGCAGUUCGAAAACAUGCCAAUGUGAGUAGAUCAAUAGAUACCGCUCCAUCGGGAAACCUUUACCUUUGGUAUAUCAGAAAAUUAACAAAGCAAAAGUGCAACCAAUCAAAAAGUGGACACUGAACCAAUAUUUAUCAUACAGAUGGGUAGUUCUUAUCCAAAGGCCUGUGUGAAGAGCCAAGUUUUAAGGCUCUUCCUAAAUGCAGCCAAGUUGGUAGCUUGCCUAAUUUUCCUGGGGAGCGAGUUCCAGAGCCUACCUCCAAAUCCCUCCUCUCCUCUAACCCUCCACCCGCCCCUCUGCUCAGGCUGAAUGACAUUAUUCUUUCUUGUUCUAUAAAUAGUGAGAACUUUCCUGUCUUAUACAGAUUGAGCAGCACUUUGCCUUAGAGCUAUAUCUCUUAACCAGAAUAUUGGAGAUUUCCAAGGAAGCUCGCACCAUGAAAUUUCUUCUUCUUUUCUUUUUGGUUGGCAUGGUCUUUUCCCUGAAUGCUACAGGACGGCCUUGUGAAGAUGAAUGCAGUUCAAAAAGUGAAGAAUGCAAUAAAAGCGAGGAACGUGAAUGUGAUGAAAACGAAUCUGGAGAAAAAGUCCAGGAGACUCUAUCUUCUACAAAAGAUGAUGGUGAGGAUGAUGAUGGUGAUGACGACGACAAUGCCCCCAAUCCUGCUCUUCACACAAAUGGAGAAUCUGGAGGUGACAGUAACCCGGAAACUACCAUUUCUUCAACAGAAGGCUCUGAGGAUGGCGAUGGCUCUGAAAUCCCCCCUUCCCCAAUAGAAGUCCCAGGCCCUGGGAGGGAUGAUGACACUGAAACUCCCUUUUCCAUAACGGAAGACUCUGGGGGUGACAAUAGCUCUGAAAUCACCACUUCCCCUUCAGAAGCCCUAGUCCCUGGGGGUGACGAUGACUCUGGGGAUGACAAUGGCUCUGAAAUCACCACUUCCCCUUCAGAAGCCCUAGUCCCUGGGGGUGACGAUGACUCUGGGGAUGACAAUGGCUCUGAAAUCACCACUUCCCCUUCAGAAGCCCUAGUCCCUGGGGGUGACGAUGACUCUGGGGAUGACAAUGGCUCUGAAAUCACCACUUCCCCUUCAGAAGCCGUAGUCCCUGGGGGUGACGAUGACUCUGGGGAUGACAAUGGCUCUGAAAUCACCACUUCCCCUUCAGAAGCCCGAGUCCCUGGGGGUGACGAUGACUCUGGGGGUGACAAUGGCUCUGAAAUCACCACUUCCCCUUCAGAAGCCCUAGUCCCUGGGGGUGACGAUGACUCUGGGGAUGACAAUGGCUCUGAAAUCACCACUUCCCCUUCAGAAGCCGUAGUCCCUGGGGGUGACGAUGACUCUGGGGAUGACAAUGGCUCUGAAAUCACCACUUCCCCUUCAGAAGCCCUAGUCCCUGGGGGUGACGAUGACUCUGGGGAUGACAAUGGCUCUGAAAUCACCACUUCCCCUUCAGAAGCCCGAGUCCCUGGGGGUGACGAUGACUCUGGGGAUGACAAUGGCUCUGAAAUCACCAUUUCCCCUUCAGAAGCCCUAGUCCCUGGGGGUGACGAUGACUCUGGGGAUGACAAUGGCUCUGAAAUCACCACUUCCCCUUCAGAAGUCCUAGUCCCUGGGGGUGACGAUGACUCUGGGGGUGACAAUGGCUCUGAAAUCACCACUUCCCCCUCAGAAGCCGUAGUCCCUGGGGGUGACGAUGACUCUGGGGAUGACAAUGGCUCUGAAAUCACCACUUCCCCUUCAGAAGCCCUAGUCCCUGGGGGUGACGAUGACUCUGGGGAUGACAAUGGCUCUGAAAUCACCACUUCCCCUUCAGAAGCCCUAGUUCCUGGGGGUGACGAUGACUCUGGGGGUGACAAUGGAUCUGAAAUCACCACUUCCCCUUCAGAAGUCCUAGUCCCUGGGGGUGACGAUGACUCUGGGGAUGACAAUGGCUCUGAAAUCACCACUUCCCCUUCAGAAGCCCUAGUUCCUGGGGGUGACGAUGACUCUGGGGGUGACAAUGGAUCUGAAAUCACCACUUCCCCUUCAGAACUCCUAGUCCCUGGGGGUGAUGAUGACUCUGGGGAUGACAAUGGCUCUGAAAUCACCACUUCCCCUUCAGAAGUCCUAGUCCCUGGGGGUGACGAUGACUCUGGGGGUGACAAUGGCUCUGAAAUCACCACUUCCCCUUCAGAAGUCCUAGUCCCUGGGGGUGACGAUGACUCUGGGGAUGACAAUGGCUCUGAAAUCACCACUUCCCCUUCAGAAGUCCUAGUCCCUGGGGGUGACGAUGACUCUGGGGAUGACAAUGGCUCUGAAAUCACCACUUCCCCUUCAGAAGUCCUAGUCCCUGGGGGUGACGAUGACUCUGGGGGUGACAAUGGCUCUGAAAUCACCACUUCCCCUUCAGAAGUCCUAGUCCCUGGGGGUGACGAUGACUCUGGGGGUGACAAUGGCUCUGAAAUCACCACUUCCCCUUCAGAAGUCCUAGUCCCUGGGGGUGACGAUGACUCUGGGGGUGACAAUGGCUCUGAAACCACCACUUCCCCUAUAGAAGUCCUAGUCCCUGGGGGUGACGAUGAUCUUGAAAUGGCCCAUUCCAUAACAGAAGUCUCUGGGGAUGACGAUCUCUCUGAAACCACCCCUUCCCCAACAAACGGCACAGACUUUGACGAUGACAAUGCCCCUAAUACUACCCAUUCUCUAACAGAAACCUCUGGGUAUGGACAUGGCCCAUUCCUUGAGAGUGAUGAUUUCUCUGAAACUAUCCCUUCCCCAACAGACAGCCUAGGCCCUGAGGAUGAUGAUGGCCCUGAAACUCCCUCUCCCCCUAUAGAAGGCUAUAGGGAUGUCAAUGGUUCAGAUAGCACCCCUUCCCCAAUGGGAGGAGAUGGUCAUGAUGAUGACUCUGUAUCUCCUUCUCCUGCACAUUAAGAACCUGAGGAUAAUGAAGGCCCUGAACCCAUCCUACCUGAAGAGGAGGGAUCCUUUGAAAUGAAAGGUCUGCCCAUUUCUAAAAGAAGCCACACAGUAAUGAGAAAAUCCUAUAAUCUCUUUCUGAACACAGUCUCAGAAGAUGAAUCCCCAUGAAUGUCAAUUUUUAAAUACAGUUUGCCAUCUAAAUUCAACCUCUGAAUCCAUUUGUCUUCAGUGGAACAAUUCAGCAGAGAGCAAAGGUCUGCUUGUAUUUGUCCAAAACAGUUUACCAAUGAGAAAUACCUUGGAUCUCACCUCAUCCUAAUAUUCUAAGACUUCUCCAUUCCAUGAGGAAUGAGUUGAUGAAAUGAAAGAUUCUGAUUUACAUAGAAAAGGACUAAUGGAGAGAAGGUCUUUCCCCAUAGAGUUUAACUCACUGAAGAGAAAGAAUGUGGACUCUCCCUAGAAGGCAGUCAACUGAAAAGUACUCCUGGAUUUUCAUCCUUCUCACAAUGAACAGUCCACACAAGAACAACUCUGAACCUUCACUUUCUAUAAAGAGCAAUGCACAGAAGAUAAAGACCAUGAUUCUUACCCAGUCUCAUUUGAAAUGAUUCCAUCAAGAGAAACAUUUUUUUCUUCAUCUUAAAGGAAGGUUCAUCCACAUGGGGCAAAUGUGUUGGCAGAUUGAUGGAAGUUGUCAUAUUUGUUGCUGUAUCUAAAGAACAUGCCUGAUGUUAUUUUCUGCUAUUUCCAAGUGCUAGCUGAAAGUUUUUAUUUCUACCUCCAGGUGGGUUUCUUUUUAAUUCUGAGACAUAUUAGAAUGAGUACUGUAUACAGUCUAGAAAAGUUAGUCAAUGUAAUCUUAACUCAUAUCAAAUUAGGAAGCAUCUCCUUCUCUGAGUAGAAUGGUGAAAGAGUGAGCUUAGAAAAAUCCCUAAGAAGCACCUACUCCCUAUAUUAUAUUAUCUCCACUAUGGAGCACUCCCAGCAUUUUCAAAUUCAAGAAAAAGCAGUUGAUUGGGGGCCAGGGUUGACUUAUCCAUGGGUCAAAUAAAAAUCUAUAAAUUUGGCCCCUAAAACCUGUCCUCUACACUAGUAUAGCCUCCCCUUCUCCUCCUUUCUCCACUCUUGCUGGAAACAUAGAAGUGAUAUGUUUUGUCCACUGCCUCUGAGUCUUAAGAAGGAGAAGCCUCCAAUUUUCAUGUUGUAGCCACCACGCACUAAAACGGUCUUUGCAGAGAUGUUUCCCUCAGCUCAGAUGGGAGAUAGGAAUCACACAUCCACGUGUGUGUGUGUGUGCACCAAGCAGAGAAUGAGAGGGAGAGAAAGAAAGGGAGAGAGUGAGAAUAGAAAGGAGAUUUUUUUAAAAAGAAAAGCUUAUACUAAGCAACCAAAAUUUACAUUAGCAAAGAUCAUCUUGCACAUUAACACACUUUCCUUCUUUUGGUUUUUUUUAAAAAAAUAUUUGUAAUCUUUUUAAAAAUUCCGAAAAAUCAGUGGAUGAGUGGAAUGUUCUGAAACUUGAUAGGCUAACAAUGGCAAAUGUAUUCUAUAAGUUAGACAAGUUUCAUCCUGAUAGUCUUCUUUAAAAAAAUCCUCUGAAGUUUAGAGAGUGUGCUUUACCUAAAGUGCUUAAAUUGGAAAAAAAAAUCCUAAAAUCAGUGGAUGAGCAGAUAAUUCUGAAAAUUUGCAGGAAUGAUAUCUUACUCAUGCUCUAUCUCUGUGGAAAAAUUAAAUUAAAUAUUUCUUUUGGUUUUUUUUAAACAUUUUUUUAAAAAAUUAAAAAUUCCUAAAUGUUCUGAGCAAAAUGUUCUGAAACUUGAAGAGCUUACAGUUCUCAAUGUGUCUUACAGGUCUAGCAAGUUUCAUCCUGAUAGACAUAAAAAUGUCAGAGAACGAGCCCUGGAAGUUUUCUCAAUGGCUGAAUAACAAAAGAAAACAAUAAUGAAAUUUUCAGAAAUUCAUAUUAAAAACCAAAUGGACUCCAUCACCUGGGGGUGGAAGGGGGAAGAGGAGGGGGUAGGAGGCUGAUGUAAUUGACAAAGGCAACUGCACACUGUUUUUUUUUCUUGUCAGCCAAUCAGAAGAAGAAAGAUCAUAAUCAUAAUUAUAACUUGACCAUUUUUUCCCAGCAAGCAUAUCUGUGGGGGCAGUAGGGCUGAGCACAGCAUACUGGCUGUAUCACAUGCUCUUCUUCAGCUAAUCACAGGGCUGGUUUUCCUCUCCAUUCUCCUCCCCUGUUGUUGUUUUGGACUUCAAGUUCCAAAAAUCCUUGCUGCUGUUUGCUGAACAGCAGGUGCAUCUGUUUUUCCUUCUUCUAUAAGCUAACUCCUCCUUUCAGGAAAGAGAGAAACAUUUAAAAAUUUCCCAAAAAAAUCAGUUCAUGAGCAAGAUGUUCUGAAACUCUAAAACUGUGGCCAGCAAGUGUGGCAUGUUUCACCUUGAUAGCCCAAAACAUUAUUUUUUUUCAAGCUUCUGAGGAUAAGAGAGUGUGUCUCGUUCAAGAUAUUUAAAUUGGAAAAAAUCCCCUAAAAAUCAGUGGAUAAGUGGAUCUUUCUGAAACUUGCAAGAACUGAUGACCUACUCCUGUUCUUUUGCUGUGGAGAAAUUGAGAGGGAUACUUCUUUUGGUCCUUUUAAAAAUAUUUUAUUUGUAGAAAAUUAAAAGACACCCUAAAAUCUGUAGAUGAGCAAAACGUUCUGAAACCUGGUAGGCUUAAAGUCGCAGAUGUGGCCUAAACAUCUGGCAAGUUUCAGCCUGAUAUCCCAAAAUAUUUUUCAAAUUUUCAGGCCUCUGAUUCUGAGAUAUGUAACUCGCCCAAGAUGCUUAAAGUGGAAAAUAUUCUUAAAAAUCAAUAGAUAAAUGGAUUUUUAUGAAACUUAGCAGGAAUAAUGCUGUGGAGUAAUUGAAGGGGAUGUUUAUAUUUGUCGAAAUUUUAUAAAUUUCCUAAAAAUCAAUGGAUGAGCAAAAUAUUCUGAAACUUGGCAGACUUACAGUCGAAAAGAUGUUCUACAAAUGUGGUACAUUCCACCCUCAUAGCCAUAAAAAUGACAGAAAUACGAGCUUUUCAAGUGUCCCCAUUGAAGCUAAUAGACCAAAUCUUCCUGAAACAAAAACAAAACCGGAUUUUUAAUUACUAAUCAAAACACCCCCCUUCGAAUCUCCUCAAAUCAUCCUGAAAUAAAACGGGGGAGGGAUAUGAAAUUAGAAACUAAACUGAAACAAAUUUCUGCCACUUCACACACCCCAACUGUACAUGUCAUGUUCUCUUUUAAGCCUUGCUGAUCUUUGCAGAUGAUUAUUCCAGAUAUUGUUACAGCAACCUGCUAUAUGAGAAGAUCCCAUUCGUACAUCUGGUGAGUAGGCAAGAGAUUCUGAAGGAAACCUCAGUCUUUUCAGACUCGCAGUUGGAUGAAAGUCUGUUACAUCACACUAAGAUGUCCCUGACAAAGGAUAUAAUUUAUAUAUGAGGAAAAUGGCUUUGCACAAAGAAAGAACACAUUAUUAAUGGAACUAGUGAGAUUUACAAUCAGCCCUCUACAUUUCUUGGGGUCAGAGAUGCACAACAUCUGUGGAUUUCUUAAUUUGCCUGAGAGAAUAUAUUUCUAGGAAUCUUUAGAUCCUUCAGCACAAUUCUGUGGUCAACAUCUGCUGGAGGUUAACUAUAGAAUUAUAUUCAAGAUCCCAAAGAUUCCUAGAAAGAUGUUCUCUCUAGGAAUUUCUAGGUCGUCCAGCAUGAUUCUAUCAUUAACAUCUGGGGGAAGUUUACCAUAGAGUCACAUUGGAGUUGUUAGAGAUUCCUAGAGACAUGCAAAAAUUCAAAUCUGCAAAAUGAGUUGAGCCAGUGGUACAUUGCUUUGGAGAGGCUAUGAUAGUUGCUAUAUGCCAUUAGAACAGAUUGUCAAGCAAAAAAACCAAAAAUAGAGAUAUUGUAUGUUAGUGAAAACCUCAUAUAGAUCAGCUUAUAAUGUCCAGAUCUGCAUAUCAAUGGAGAAGGGGGGGGGGAGCAAUGACGUAUCAUUUUGCAGGAUAUGAAACCUACAGAAUCUUAUAUCUGAAAACAAUAACAUUCAUGGAGAGCAGAAUUGUAUAUGUUGAUGAUGGAGUGACGGGUUGAUGUGAGCUGGUCAACAACAGGAACCACAGCUAAGAAGAAGUAUUAAGUCAUUAGUGAAGACCUUGAGUGGAUGUCUAUGUUUUUCCAUUACUAGCCAAACAUGAAGAAAUGACCUCUAUAGUAAAGCAUUCCAUGAUAAGGACAAUUUUCAGAUCAAUAUUUAUUGGCCUAUGUAUGAAGAGUGCCUUUCCACAUGGAGAAGUCAAGAAUGAUAUUAACACCAAGCAGCCUUCUGGAUUUUAGAAAUCAGGAAGCAACUAUUAGUAUGCAAACUUCAAAAAAAAAUCUAUUAUCUAAAGUGAGUUGUAUGAGCAAUGAAUGACAGGUUAGACUAGAUGCACAUCAGAUAAACUGGGGCUUUAUCUACACUGUAGAAUUAAUUCAGUUUGGCACCAUUAUAAAUGCCAGGCUUAAUGCUAUGGAUCCCUGAGACUUGUAGUCCUGCAAGGUGUUUGGCCUUCUCUGCCCAAGAGUGUCCAUAACUCCUAUAAUUCCAUAGUAUUGAGCAAUGGCAGUUAAAGUGGUGUCAAAGUGCAUAACUUCUGCAUUGUGAAUGUACCCUAAGGCUGAAUCUACACUGUCAUUUAAUCCAGUGUAGGAAACACAUUAGCCUGGUGCAUCCUCACAAUGUACAAAAGGCUAACUGCAAAAUCGAUGCAAUUUGACACCACUUUAACUGCCAUGGCUCUAUACUACAGAAUUCAGAGAUUUGUAGUUUGGCAAGGCAUCUGCACUCUUUGGCAGUAAAAGCUAAAGACCUUGUAAAACUAUAGCUUCUAUUAUUCUACUGUAUUAAGCACUAUCAAGCUGUAUUAAUUUUACCCUAAAUCACAAGUGAGAAUCAUGUGACAGUCUUCAUGUUAGUGGGCUGCAAGUCCUAGCAGCUUCAGCCAGCACAGGAAUAUCAGGGGAUGGUGGGACUUGUAGUCAAACAACUUCAGUCUCAUUCCUAGACUAGGCGAAAAGAUAUUCUGACUUGUGGCACUUCCAUACUAUCCUAUUCAAGCAUUUGGAUCCCACUUUAACUGACGUAAAAGAAACCUAUGGAAUUAUGGGAUUUAUAGUUUGUUGAGGCACUAGAGUUCCCUGGCAGAGAAUAUUCUAAAUACAGUAUAAUCCCUUUUUCCAUGGACUUAAUAAACACCAUUGUAUUUGUCCACAGUCCAAAAAAAAAUUACUGUUCCCCCCGCCUCUCGAAGUGUUAGUGGGCCUUUGUUGGUUCUCCAGUGCCAAUCUAUGUUAUACUUCCAUCUCACAUAUAGUCAAGAGAUAGGCUCCACUAUUAUCCACAUUUUUUUGUUUCUAUGGGAGAUGAGUGAGUCUUGGAAUAUAUUCCACUUUGAAAUGGGGGAAUCAUGCUGUACUCUUCCCUAAACUGCAGAUUCCAGGAUCCCAUAGAAUGGAAUCAUGGUAAUGGAGAUAGAGAUUGAAAAGGUUACUAGAAUAAACCAGUUUCUUAAAUAUUGCUAUAGCAUGGAUAUAACAUGUCUGAUUAAAAAUAUGGUUAUGGAAUGCAGGAGAAAAGCAAACCUGCUAUUCAUACAGAACUAUAUUCAUCCUAGUUCAUCUUGAACUAUGUUGUUGCUGUAUAUUUUUGAAUUUAAAAAAAAAUCCCUCCAGAUAUAGCAAAUCAAUUUUCAGCUUUCAUUCUGGUAUUCUGUAGAAUGGAGAAUAAACAUGGAAAAAAGUUCCCUGAAGUCCGGUUUUGUCUAAAGCAUGUAGACUUGAACAGGAGUUUAUAACCAGCUCAAUAGACAUCUUCAGCAUUGAUCAAUCUAUUUGCCCCCAAGGAACUGGGAAGGCUUCUGUUCAAUGUUUGAUGUUUUGUUUUAUAUCUGAUAUAACAGGUUGUAUUUUUAAUUUAAUUUUAGUUGUUAAGUCAUAAUUUGUUUUUAUAUGUUGGGUUGUCAAUUUUUGUUAUUAUGGGUGUAUUGUUGUGUUCGGGCAUUGAAAGUUUGCCUUUUAUGUUUGGAAUCCGUCCUGAGUCCCCCCCAGGAGAUAGGGCGGGAUAUAAAUAAAGAUGACUAUUGUUGUUGU